UCACGCACACUGCUACGUAGUUUGUUAAGCGUGUGGCGCGGUCUGCAACUUUUAUUGUUUUUUUUUCAACUUCUCAACAAGCCAACCACUUGUUUGGACGUCUUUUACCUGCGUGUGCUUAAAAUUUGUAAACUUUUAGGCAUUUUGUACGUAAUAGUUGCGAUUAAAUAGUGCAUAUAGAAGUUUUUUAGUUAUAAAACUCGAAGUGAAAACUCCGAAAGACCAGCUGUUGUAACCAACGGCAAUAGCCUCGUUUAAUGUCAACAAAUAAAUAAACAGUGAUCGGGACAAGUUGCGUUCGAAACAAAAAAGUAUUGUGAUGAAUUAUACAAUGGUCUAAACUGGAAAUCCAGGACGAGAAUGGACUUCGUUCAUCGCUAUUGGAACGUGAAUUUCGUAGCGAGAGUGGCGGCUUCACCCACAUAACAUUUAUGGUAAGUAAAAAAAUAUUAUCAAGAUGUGGGGUAUAUACAAAGUUGCAGCAAUAAUUUUCUUCGGUGCCCUCAGUAAGGGCGAACUUCCCGAAGAUGAUUUUAGGAUAAUCAAUAGACAAGACUUGCUGGCGUCUGAUAGUGAUAUCUUUGAAGAUAAGGACGGCAAAUCAUUUUCGCAACUGCUUUUCGAUGUGGCAAGGGACCAGGUGAUAGUGGGCGCGAGGGACACGCUCUAUCGUCUCUCUCUUCGAGGUCUUCGUUCGCUGGAGCGUGCGGAAUGGCCGGCAGCUGGCGACAAAGUGAAGCAAUGUCAAGACAAGGGCCAGACCGAGGAGAACUGCCACAAUUACAUCAAAGUACUCCUUUCAUACGGCCACAAGCUGUUCGCGUGUGGGACCAACGCGUUCAGUCCAGUUUGCAGUUGGAGAGAGAUUGAAUCAUUGAACAUGGUAUCAGAAUGGCUAUCGGGCGUCGCGAACUGCCCGUACAAUCCUGACUCCAACGUGACCGCGAUAUUUGCUAGCAGCGGCGAGUACUACGCCGGGACACCGACAGACUUCACGAGCUCUGAUACAGCAAUCUGCAGGAGUCAAGGAGCAUCCCCACGAGACUCAACUAUGCUUCGGACGACGCAGUACGAUCUCAAUUGGCUUAACGAACCACAAUUUGUGGGUAGUUUCGAAGAUGACUUAUUCGUGUACUUCGUCUUCAGAGAAGUUGCUGUGGAAUACUUAAACUGUGGGAAGAUUAUAUACUCACGUAUCGCUCGUGUGUGCAAAAACGAUUCAGGUGGUCACCUGAUGAUGAAAAAUAAUUGGAGUACCUUCCUAAAAGCCAGGCUCAAGUGCGCUGUGCCAGGAGAUGUACCGUUUUACUAUGAUGAAGUCCAGAGCGUGGAAUAUUUGUCACAAGAGAAGAUACUCGUCGCUGUUUUCACCACACCUGAUAAUAGCAUAGCCGGCAGUGCUGUGUGUAUUUAUAACAUGUCAGACAUCCACUUGGCCUUCGAAGGGCCCUACAAAGUAAAGGAUUCGCCAAUGUCCACGUGGGAACCGCGGACCCCGUCUCGGCAAGCCAGGGAACAUUUCCGAUGCAAUCCAGACACUAGACCCCAUCAAUCCAUUGAGUACCAUAAAUAUCACUUAAUGCACGAAUCAAUACAGCCUAUAUCCGGCGAGCCAGUAUACAAAGCGACGUUAGAGAGAUUCACGCACGUGACCGUUGAUGUUGCCAAUACGAAAAAUGUCGCAAAACAAUUAGUUGUAUUUGUGGCAACACAGAACAAUGAUAUUUUGAAACUGGCAAUUCUUCCGAAAUAUGAAGGUGCCUGUGUGGUGGAGAUUUGGAAGAUGAAAGAUAAGAAGGGUGGAUUUGACAUAUUGUCAAUGCAGUUCGUAAAAGAUACUAUGUCCCUGUACAUAGGAAGCGACGAAGGCGUUCUGCGCAUAUCUAGUGAGCGCUGCUCUCGAUACAAGACCCGGUCGAGUUGCGUGGGCGCCGCCGACCCGCACUGCGGCUGGGACGACGCGCGCGAGCUGUGCGUGCGUGCGCACGCGCACUUGCACGAGGCGUACUUUUCGCAGAGCACCGCCAGCUGCCCCUCCGUCAGUAUGCCCGUGGCCGGCGGCUGGUCGGCGUGGUCGGCGUGGGAGGCGUGCGUGCAGCACGGCGCGGCGCCCGCGCUGUACGACGGCGCGCCCGACACGUGCGCGUGCCGCACGCGGCGCUGCGACAACCCGCGCCCCGCGGCCGGCGGGGACGCCUGUCGAGGAGCUAGUAUAGAGGUGACCAACUGCACCGUGCACGGAGGCUGGUCGGCCUGGUCCGCCUGGUCCGAGUGCUCCACGUCCUGCGGUAUCGCCGUGAAGUCGCGCCGGCGCUCCUGUACUUCCCCGGAACCUCGCUUUGGGGGUCGGGUGUGCGUCGGUCUCGAUACCCAGGAUAUGUACUGCGCAAAUUUACCUCCCUGUCCUGACCCGGCGCUGGCGCCCGUGGACGGCGCGUGGUCGGCGUGGGGCGCGUGGUCGGCGUGCGCGGGCGCGGGCUGCGGCGCGGGCGCGGGCGCGCGCGAGCGGCGGCGCGCGUGCGACAGCCCCGCGCCGCGCCACGGCGGCGCCGACUGCGAGGGCGCGCGCGCCGAGCGGCAGGCCUGCGACCUGCGCCCGUGCGAGCUGCGGAAGGCCACCGCCUGGACGCCCUGGGUGCAGAUACCUAGUAAUACAUCUGACGGAAGUUACACCGAGAAGAGAUUCAAGUUUCUGUGCAAGGCGCCGACGCCGGAACAGAUCAGGUUAUCGCUCGCCCGCGAGGAGGAACGCUAUUGCAACUCGCGAGGCACGUGUAGCAGCAGUCCCCCCGCGGAGGACGGGGCGUGGGAGGCGUGGGCUCCUUGGGGGGCCUGCUCGGCAGCGUGCGGUGGGGGCCAGCAGGCACGCACAAGGCGCUGUCGACAGCCACCUUGCGUUGGCGCGGAAGACAUGCUCCGAGCCUGCAAUACGCAUGCGUGUGUCGGUGAAUGGUCAUGCUGGAGCGAGUGGAGCGAAUGUAACGGUGGCUGUGAGAGCGGUGCCACAGGUCAUCGAACUCGCACUCGCAUGUGCUUGUCCCCUGAAGGUUGCGCAGACGCGGGCGCUGCGUUGGAAAGACGUAUCUGCGUAAACAACUGUGCAGAGUCGGAGGCGGGGUGGGGCGCGUGGGGCGCGUGGGGCGCGUGCGCGGGCGGCGAGCGCGUGCGGCGCCGCGCGUGCGACGCGGGCGCGUGCGUGGGCGCGCAGCUGCAGGUGGCGCGCUGCGCCGGCGACGAGCUGGACAACGAAUUAUACGCAAUGCCGGCAUACAGUCAGAACGUGCAAAUGGCAUCUUUCGUGACGAUGACGGACAACGAGUCCCUCAGUAUCGGCGGCAUUAUAGGAUGUGUGGUCGCUGCAUUUGUUAUGGGCUGCCUAGUUUGCCUGGCUGGAGUUGUAUUCUGUCACCGACGUGGCUGCCUGCCGUGGAGCCGACAACCACGAGUGCCUUCCAGCCCUCACUACAUCACCGCUAAACAGAACAGCUACGUGACUGUGCCGUUGAAGGAAGUGCCACGGAAAGCGAAACGGCAACCAUCGUUUACGGGCAUCGGUAACUCGAGCGGUAUUCUCCUUUCGAAGAGUAACAACAUUUCCAACGCAAACCACAACAAUCCCAUGACGACUCCCAAACUGUAUCCAAAAGCCAUAGCCAAUGAAUAUGACUCUAUGGGUACAUUACGAAGACACUCAAACCAGCCCAACAACAAGACCAACAUUGAUGUUGAAGAGGACAAGUUCUAUUGAACAUUACAACACUGUUGCUUACAAUAUAUAACACAGGAUCUCAUAUAAGCUCUAUAGAUAUGUUGACAUUGAAAAGGGCAUUUUAAGAGAAAGACAAAGAUAAUUCCAUUUCGAAUUUCUCUUAAAAGUUUCAUUAUACAAAGACUUUUUUGUAGAAGUCAGCUUAAAUGUGCUUUUGACUCAUAAUUAUCGAAGCAGACUCUAUCUUAACGAUAUCGUUUUGUAGAUAAAGUUAAAAGCAAAAGGUGCAAAUAAAAUUCAACUUGCUUUGUUCAAUUAAAAGGACGGUUGUUUUUUUUUUUUUUAAAUAGUAAAAUAACUUUUUUAUGUAAAUUUUUAACACGUUUAAAAUAUAUUACGUGUUAUUCAUAUUAUAAUUUAAAUAAUUAAUUUGGAUAUUUUAAAAAAAAAUUCGGGAAAUUAGUGUUUUACAAAUUUAUGUAAGAAAAUAUACAACGGCGUAUGACAUAAUUAAUGGUUUAACAUAAUUGAAUAAACUUUAUGGAUGAUUCAAUAUUUAAAUAAUUUAUUAAUAAUAAUCGGUAUAUUAUUCAUAGUAUGGAAAUUUAUACAAAAAAAAUUGAAUUUCUUUUGUUGUGUAUUCAAAGAAAUCCCGCGAGGUCCUUUGAGGAAAUAGAUUUACUUUAUUCCUGUAUAGCGAUACAUUACAGUGAGAACUUUUACAAGAAUAAAGUUUACGGAUAUUACUUCAAAGCUAUAUAUAAACUAAGAAUAUUUACAUGAUCAUUUUUUUAUAUACCUUUUGUAUCAGAUUUAACAUCUAAUGGGAACUUGUUAUAUAUAUAUUUAUGUACAUAAAUAACUCAAAAACAUGGCCAUCAAUUUGUAUCUAAUUUUUCGUUUUUUGGUUUUUUACUCCCAAAUAAUAAUUCGUACUGUUGUAAUAAGCUAAGACAGUGAAAUUGUACUCUAAUAAUUAUAUUUAAAAACGCUCUAAAUUUAUGGCAUUUUGUCUACCGUAUCAGAAAAUAUCUAUUUUUUAAUAUUAAUCAAGUUUAUACAGUCAAUUUGGAAAUUUUCUAUUAAUUAUGAGUACAUUUUUCUCGAAAUGCAUAUUUGCAAUAUUAUGUAAAAAACUAUAUAUAAUUUCAAUAACUGGACGUUUGUUCAAGAGAAAAAAAAACAAAUUAUGAAAGCUUAAUAACUUCUACACUUCUGAUCUUGAAUAUUUGGUUAUCGUUUUGUUUCCUUUAGCAAUAAUAUUAAUUUCUUUGAACAGAAAAUUGAAAAAAAAAAUGACUAAAGAAAAUUGAUUCACAAUCAAACAUUGUAAGUAAAAUUUAUUAAAUCCUUUAUAUCUCAAUCCAUACAAUUGCACCAAUUUCAAGCGACAAACAUUCUCAAUUUGUUGGCAAGAAAGUCGUGUUUCAUGAAUUUUCAACAGCUCUGCUAAUUAGAAAAAAAAGUAAAAAGUCGAUAGAACCAAAGCGAGAAUGCUUUGUGCAUUUCUCCUUAAGAACUCCUUGGACCUAAUUGCUUUUGUAUCUUCUAUUUUAUUUCGAUUUAAAUAAAAAAAAAAUUUAAAUAAUGAGCUUCUAUAAUAUCCUAUUACUUAUUUUUAUUUAGAUAUUAAAAUAAAUUUUAUUUUUAAAGUAUUUUAAUUUGUGAUAAUGUGAUCGGUAUGUUUUGAGAAUUUAAAUAUCGAAUGUUCUAGAAUCUAGAUAGAUGCGUAUCAAUUAUCAAUCGAUUUGACGAAUUAGAAAUUAUAUUCUAGAAUCGUCUGAUUUGUAAACGCAAUUUAUACAUUAGUUUAUUAUUCCAGUGCCAUGGUAACGAAUGUAAAUGUUAGGUUAUAUCUGUAUUUUAUUAUAAUUUUUUAUAUACAUAAGUAGAAAUAUAAAAUUGUUUAAUUCAAUUUUUAUUCAAAGCCAAGUAUGUGCCAUGUGUAUAAGUAAUGAAUGAUUAUUAUUAAGCGUCUUAAUAAUAAACGAGAUGUAGGUUAACUAUGUUCGUCCUUGUCUCGCGUGAAAGAUACUUAUAAAGUUUUUUAAGUAAGAAAGUGACGACACUAUGUUCACGUUUAUUAUUAAGAAUAGAAAAUAGAGCUUCUAUCAUUUAUAUGUAUUAUAUCAGUACAAAUAGCUGCCUUCGCGGUAUACAUAAUAUUUAUAUAAAUACAUAAAAAUAUCUUACAAAUUAUACAAUGAUUUUAUAUUUUAUAUUGUUGAAUAAAUUUCAACAUGUCGCCUGACUCAUGUUGAGUCGUAAUUGUUAUAAUGUAUAUUUAAAAUAUUUUGUAUUUUUAUAUUGUUAAUUGUAAUUAAAAAAUAUUUUAAAUGGAUUUGUGCUAUGGUAAAUUGUUAUUGAGUGUAUGGUUUGGACUGAAGUAUAUUUGAAAGGUAAUGAUAAAAAAGCACCCGGUGAGCUCUGCUGGAGUUAUAAUCCAUAUUUUUAUAAUAAAUGUAUCUAAAACAUCGAUAAAUUUUAUAUUGUUUUUAUAUGCAAUGUUUUGUCAUUUCUAAAAUGGCGUUAGUGAGUAUUAUUAUACUCUCGUCGUAUCUGAAGUGUUCUCUUUAACUAUUAGGAAAAAAAUAAUACUUAAAUAACAUUCAAAAAUAACUCGUAUUAUUAUUAUUCAUGAAUAUAUUUUUGUAAUUAUUCAAAACUGUAAUUUAACUUAAAAAUUAACAUCACUGUACGAAAUGACGAUUUUAUACUCUGUGUACAUUUUUUUUAUCUGUAUAUUAAAUUUUUUAUGUCUAUGUUAGUCGUGAAAAAAAUAUGUUUAAGGUCAUGUCAAAUUAUAAAAAUAUAUCUGAAUGUGACUCCAGUCUGACGAGAGCUUUAUCAUGUAUAUUCUGAAUGGAUUUAUAUUUCUGUCUUAUUACGUAAUUCCUAAGAGGCUUUCUCUCAAAAACUCACCGAUUAAAUUUUCUAAGCAUAAGAUAAAUACUUGUGAUUGUUAAGACUUCGAUGAAUUUCUUUAUUGUUUUUGUUCUCGGUCUACGCUAUACGACGCUGUACACGGUUAUGAGCUAGCUACUUAAUAAAGACUGUCAUACAUUA